CCGACGUACAUUCCCCCCGCCCCUCGCGACUUUUUCCCCGACCCUCGCCCCCACUUUCUUUUUUGAAAACAAAAAACAAAGAAACGUCAAAGGGGGGUCUUCACCGCCAUCCCCCCCCGACCCUUCCCCGAACCUUUUCCCCCAUGUUUAACCCCUACGUACUCCCCGAGUCCCCAACCCACUUCCCCCAUUUCCCACCGAUCAUUACCCCCCAUGGAGGAGGACGACGACGAGGAAGGGAAGAGGAGGAGGUGGAGGGUGAGGAGGAGGAGGACGAAGAAGAGAACGGGGAGGCGGAGGUGGCGUCGAUCAACAAAGCGGCGGCGGCGAUGGGGCAAGCGGUGGCGGCAAUGGAGGCGACCGCGGUAAUGGAGGUGGAUGCGGCAAUGGAGGGGGAGGCGGACGCGGAGUCGGAGAUGGAGGAGGAGAAGAAGGGCGCCGAGGAGGGAGAACAGGAGGAGGACGAAGAAGAGAAGGAAGAGGAGGUAGAAGAGAAAGAGGAGGAGACAAAGGAGGAGGAGGGAGAGAGGAAGAAGAAGAGGAGGAGGACGAGGACGAGAAGGGGGAAGAAGAAAAUGAGGAAGAAGCACAAAAGCCUCAAGAAGGUGGAGGCGAAGUCGGAGGAGGAGGAGGAAGAAGAGAAAGAGAAGGAGGAGGAGGAGGAGGAAGACGAAGAGGAGGACGAAGAAGAGGAGGACGAAGGAGGAAGAAGAAAAAGAAGAGGAGGCGAAGGUGGAGAUGGACAAGGAAAAGAAGGAGAGGGAAGAGGUCGAAGUGGAGGAGGAGAAGGAGACGGAGGAAGACGAAGAGGAGGAGGAGGAGGAGAAGAAGGAAGACGAAGAGAAGAAUAAGAUUUUUUCCCGCGUUCACUCUACGCGCGGAUAUGGUGUUUUUCAAUUUUUGAAUUAGCGUAGGACUUUGGA